AUGUCUCCGGACUUCAGGGUGCUAUGGGGAUGGGAUGAUGUGUUGGUCGGCCUCGCGACCGUAAGAAGAGCAAGAAGAACUGUUCUAGCAUGCGCCCAGCUGAUGUUUGAGCAGCUCUUGAUGAUUGGAAAUGCGGUCUGCAAUCCUAUUUCAAGACACUAUGGCUACGGCCGCGACACUUGGCGUCUGCCCUUUGACGACACGAAGGCUGUCUACAUGAUAUUCUACACCGGUGGCAUCCUCUAUGCUGUCGGCGUCGCGAGCACGAAAGUCGCAUUCCUCGUCUUCUACAUCAAGCUCUUUCCCUCGGGGAUAUUUCGCUGGGUGGCAUUGCCUCUGUUGGUAGCCACUGUUCUUCACGGCCUCACCUUCACCUUCCUCUUCAUCUUCCAAUGCAGCCCGAUAUCCUACGCUUGGACACAGUGGGACGGCACAGGGCAGGGCAAGUGUCUCAACUUCGACCUCGGCGCCGUCAUGCAUGCCAUCACCAACAUCCUACUCGACCUGCUGAUCUUCGCGCUGCCCAUCUGGCAGCUGUGGAGUCUGAGCCUAUCCAAGAGGAAGAAGGUCCAAGUUCUAUCCAUGUUCUGCGUGGGGUUCUUCGUCACUCUGGUCAGCAUUCUACGACUCUGGAGCAUGACCUCGCUAGGUGACACCUGGAACCCCACCUGGGAUUUCGUGCCCUUCGGAUACUGGUCCGACCUCGAAUUCAACGUCGGCAUCGCCUGCAUCUGCAUGCCUUCGCUGCGCGUCGUCCUGCGCCGAUAUUUCCCGCGCUGCGGCUUGACAAGCACGCACCGCGACGGAUCUGUAUCCGGGCCCGACAUGGCUGCAGCUCGACCUGUACCAGUGACGCUCACGCAAUCCAGCACGGGCAAGGUGAAUGGCAAGUCGUUCAGAACGUCGAAUAGACCUGUCAAAGGCGACGGUGCUUCCGACCAGGUCGAAUUGUGUGACUAUACUGCCGUUGCCGAGCCGAAAUGA